AUGUUCAAGAUCCACCAACCCACAGGCGUGAUCCACCAAGCGUAUCCCGCCCAGUCCUACAAGGUGUCUCUUAACUCAGCACCCUCGUUGGAGAUGUUGGCCAGUCCCGAAAGCGCUGCGGGCAGCACCGGGACCCCCACCAAGCAGACCACGUCCAGCACGUCGCCAGACUCGUCCUCGUCCUACUCUUCCAGCGUGCGGUCCUCCAACAGCUCGCCUCCAUCAUCCAGGGCAAACAGCCCCACCGCCAAGCUGACCCGCUCGGCAACACCCCCUACUCCAACCUCCUUGGACGAUCACGAUGCCUCUCCAAAGCAUACAUACUCUACAAACACCCUCAUCCAGCAGCCGACUCCCUCGAGCACCUUCAACGACACCAGCCAGGACGACUUUCUUCAGCUUAUCGAACCCCACCCGGUGGCUCCUCCGUUGUACGACACUUUACCGCCAGGAGGCUGCCCUCGUUUCCCGAUCCUGAUGAACGAGAGUGGUCCGCACGAAGCUGUUCCAUCGUACUCCCCUUCCAUCUACAAGAUCGGCGUGGUCGCUAGAAAGUUGGAGUGGCUUACCCCUUACGAGCCGGCUCCAGCCAGGUCGUGGAAGAAUGUCAUUAUGGAGCUCAACUCUACCCAACUCAACUUUUACUACAUUCCCAGUGCCUUGGAAAACCACUUGUUACUGUUCAAACCAAUCUCUCAGUCAGAAGAACGCACCCAUAACGAGUUCGAAGAAAGGGAGUUGCGUCAUGUUAACUCCUAUUUGACUUCAGAUACCGAUUUGCAAUUUUACAAGUACUGCUCGAGGCUUAAUUUGUUGAGUGAUGUUUCGAUCCUUGAUGAAGACUCAGACUCAAGCUCCAAAUCAAGAAAAGCAAGCUUCAAGAAACUUAUUCGCUCCUAUUCCUUGCAGCGCUCCAGGAUUGGAUUGGCUAUCGAUUACAAGAAGAGACCCAACGUUUUGAGAAUGAGAAUUGAGAGUGAGCAGCUUCUCAUAAACUUUCAAUCAACCAAAGAUUUAAUUGACUGGAAUACUGCCAUUGGAAUUGGCAAAGAUGUAUCCCUUGAUUUGAAUGACAGAGAAUUGCCUCGUUUCAGAACUGUCCCUAGGAGGAGAAGAAGACGCAGAUCGACUUCUUUAAACGGAGUCAGUCCAACAUUAUUGUCCAGAAGCAUGAAAGGAACUGUUGAAGGAAACAAUCGCCUGAGAUCAAACUCGGAGCCAACCUCAAGAUUGAAGGGGAAAUUAUCAAAAUUGAAAUCAAAGCUCGGUUCAUCAAGACAUGGAAGUAUUGAUGGAAGUAGCUCCAAGCAAAAUGUUAAAGAUAGGAGCCAAAGCUUCAGUUUCAGCUCAUCAAUGACAGCGAGAUUCCCAACCUCGGAAUUAGGAAGGUUGAAUUUGAGUGCUCAUCAGUAUAAUACAUUUGAUGAAAGCAAUAGGGAACGCAGUUAUGACACCUUGAACUACGAUUAUAUGGAUGAUGAAGAUGAGAGUGAAUACUAUGAUGAUGAGGAAGCGAUAGAGCUUGUUGCAAGACGUUCAUUGAUGGACAGAGAGAAUGUGAAUAGAUCCAGACAGACCUCUUCCCGUAAUAACUCCCAUGUGGGGAGUUCAAGUGCAACUGCAGGAAACUCGACUCCUCGUAACAACGAUUACGAAGAAGAUGACAUUGAGAAUUUAAGUGAUCUUCACCAUUCAGAUGACGAGGAUGAGGAUGAAGUGGAGGUUGUGUUGGAUGAAAACGAGGAUAUGGAGCUCAUAGACACUGGAAAAAAGCAUGUCAUGUCACUCGAUCACAAGUGGGAGCCCAUUGAUCACAAAGUUCAAAGCAAGCGAAAGUUCUACAGAAAUUGUUUGAGAUGCAUUAAGCCAUUAACUAUGGACGAUAAUUGGGUUAACAAGUCCUUGUGCCGCCCUACUACCUUGUCUCCUUUGAAUUUUGCAUACUUGAGAUUCAAAUAUUCGAACAGUAACCAACCGGUCUAUACACCGCAGUCUGCCUUCUCGGCGUUUUUCAACAAUUCGAACAGUUCUGCUAGUUUGGUAAGUUUGAAUUCUCUUGCUGCUGCUCCCGGUCCCAACUCACGUGGUACGUUCAGAAAGCGCAACUUUUCUGUCAAAGAUGUUAACGGGUUAAACUUGCCAGACUCAGCAUUAACCAGAGUCCCAAACCACUUCCUCAAAGAAUUUAUUGUGGGAAGCCAUGGUUUAAUACCAAAAGAUGUAUGA